AUGACAGGGGCAGCCUCUGGGACAGACCCUGCCUCUACACUGCCUUCUCUAUGGGAAAUCCUGGAGCCCUUGAAGGAUGGGAAGAUAAAAUUUCCGACUCGGACGCUGCAGGAAAAGGUCCUGAGGUUAGGGUCAGCGGCAAGACCGUCCUGUGUCAGGUGGGGGAUCGUGCUGGCGUUGGUUGUGAUUUCCCUGCCAGGCCGGGGCUGUGGCCUGGCGUCGGCACACGACUCUUCCUAUGAGAUAGUCACCCCCACGAUUCUGACGGCGGAGCGGACGGGAGACCCCGGGGAAGAGGCUUCCUACGUGCUGGUUGUGCAGGGCCAGAAGCAGCUGAUUCACCUGACGGUGAAGAGAGACUAUUUUGUCAGUAACUUUCCUGUCUUCAGCUACCACAGUGGCAUCCUGGGGCAAGAAAUGCCUUCCGUCUCACGGGACUGCCACUAUGAAGGCUACAUAGAAGGUGCCCCAGGUUCUUUUGUCUCUGUGAACACCUGUUCAGGCCUCAGGGGCAUCCUCAUCAAGGACGGGAAAGCCUAUGGCAUUGAGCCCAUGGAGCCUUCGCAAGGGCCUCAACAUGUGCUGUUCACCAUGGCACAGCAAACGCGAGUCUCCUGCGCCGUCACCUCCAAAGCCAGCCCAGGGGCGUCCGCCAGCUGGCAGCAAGGGGGCAGGAGGCCUCCCAGCCCGCACACGCUGUCCUCCCUGUGGUCACACACCAAGUACGUGGAGUUGUUUGUGGUGGUCAGCAACCAGCGGUUCCAGAUGUGGGGCAGUGACGUCAAUGAGACCGUGCGGAGAGUAAUGGACAUCAUUGCCCUGGCCAACAGCUUCACGAGGGGGAUAAACACAGAGGUGGUGCUGGCCGGGGUGGAGAUGUGGACCGAGGGCGACCUCGUAGAGGUGCCUGAGGACUUGGGAGUUGCACUCAGGAAUUUCAACAGCUGGAGACAAGAGGAGCUCUUCCCGCGUGUGAAGCAUGAUGUCGCCCACAUGCUCGCUGGCCGUCAGCCUGGACAGGCCACGGGGAGGGCAUUUCUCGGUGGUGCCUGCUCAAGUGAGUUUGCUGCAGCUGUGGAAUCCUUCCACCACGAAGAUGCCCUCCUGUCCGCUGCACUCCUGGUGCACGAGCUCGGGCACAACUUGGGUAUUGAGCACGACCACAUGGCCUGCAUUUGCGGGGAUCAGCGCUUUUGCCUCAUGCAUGAAAACGUCACCAAAGAAAGUGCCUUCAGCAACUGCAGCUCUGACUACUAUUACCAGUUCCUGCACACACACAAAGCGGCCUGCCUGUUCAACAAGCCUCAGCACCAGGGCCGCAGGCGUAGGGAUUCUGUAUGUGGAAAUGGUGUGUUGGAAUCAGGUGAGCAGUGUGACUGUGGUAAUCAAUGUGCUGAUGAUCCAUGCUGUGGAGAUAAAUGUCAGCUUAAGGGAAAAGCACAAUGUGUUCCUGGACCCUGCUGUAGUGAGAAAUGCAAAUUUCAACCAAAGGGUCUCACUUGCCGUCCAGCUUUGAGCGAGUGUGACCUUCCAGAAUAUUGUGAUGGUUACUCCAGUGUUUGUCCUAGUGAUACCUAUAAGCUAGAUGGUAGUUUAUGUCAAAGAGUUUUCCAUUGCAUUAAUGGUUCAUGCAGAAGCCACGAUAAUCAGUGUGCAAAUAUUUAUGGGUUUAGUGCAUCAUCUGCUCCACAAGAAUGUUACACAUCAUUGAACAGCCAAGGGAACCGGUUUGGGAACUGUGGCCGUCCCACAGCAACUGACCAAUCCUAUGUCAAGUGUUCAGAUGAGAACAUGCUUUGUGGGAAACUUGUAUGUACUGGUGUUAUGCAACUGCCAGUAAUCAAACCCCAGCAUACACUGAUUCAGGUUCCUCAUGGAGAUGGGUUCUGCUGGAGUCUGGAUGCCUACAGCAAUACCACUGAUAUCCCUGAUGAGGGAGAUGUGAUCAAUGGCACUUACUGUGCCCCAAAUAAAGUCUGCAUGAAUUCAGCCUGCACUGAUUACACUGAGAUCCAAAAUGACUGUGUAUCAAUAGAUAUGUGUAAUGGGAAUGGAGUCUGUAACAAUUUAAAUCAUUGCCAUUGUGAUGAUGGGUAUGCACCCCCUGACUGCAAAUUAGCAGGGAAUGGAGGCAGUGUGGACAGUGGUUCUCCUACAGAUAGCAAAGAAACACCUGCUCCAGGAUAUGGUCAGAACUUCACCCAGAAUGUCCAAAAAGAAGAAAGACUCUUAGACACAGCAGUCAUACUUGGUAUUAUAGGUGUUAUCAUACUAUUAAUCUUUGCAAUUAUUUGUAUCAUCUCUGUUUGUAAAGGUGCAGAAGCACCUCCUCCAGCACCUACAGAAAAGCCCCCAGAAGAACCUACAAAGGCUUCCUUAGGAGAGGGUCCUCCAGAAGAGGGUGCCCCAGAAGCGGCGGCCCCAGAAGAGGGAGAGCAAGUAGAAGGAGAGGGAGAAGAAGAGGGAGAAGGAGCGGGAAAGGAAGAACCAGAGACAUAG